AUGUUGAAAUCGCCAUAUGAUGCCGUGCCACAAACCCCACUGUCUCCAGGAACACCUUUAACACCUUCGACACCUGGAACUCCACAAUACAACGAGUCAUAUCCUCUAACGGCACAAGAUCCAAGUCAUCAUUAUUCCGCACCGCCUUUGCCAAACAAUUAUUACAGCCGAUUGGCUAACGAGGCUCACCUCGAGCCAAACAAUUCCUAUAAUCCUGUAACCAGUACACAGCCUACAAGUCUCCUUCAUCAGGAUCUGAUGAAACAAGAUCAAAAACUCAAACGCCGCAUUCGUAUCCUCCGAUUUAUCUCACGAGUUCUCGUCACUGGCCUCACCAUAGCGAUAGCCAUAGAAGAAGGAAGAACACUUCUAAAUUUCCUCGAGACUCAUAAUGAUAUUCGAAGCCCACCCGGAUCGCCGACACCCCGCGGACCCUGGGCUCUCCAGACGCAACUUUGGUCAGCAGUCCUUCUUUUCAUCACUUGCGUGGUUACAGCGAUUCUUGGUCUGGUUUCGGUUAUUUCCUACCUGAUUUCCAUCAAAGCCGCGAAUUCUAUCAGUAGUAUGAAUACCAAGUUUGGUAUCGCAACUGAAAGCAUUCAUAUUGCAACUUGGAUUGCAGUGGCAACAGCUUAUCGAGUAGCGAAGAAUGGAAAAGAUCUCUGGAGGUGGGCGUGUAGUCCACUGGCUGAAAAGAUCCAGCCAACAUUUCAGGAUGUCGUCAAUUUUAAGAAUGUUUGCGACAGAAGCGGUGUCAAUUUCAAACUCUCUAUUGUAAACUCGGGUUUGCAAGUUGCAAGUCUCGGAAUCUGGAUUCUGGUAUACAAGAGAAUGAGAACUCUUCGAUGGUUGAAACGAGCAGAAUCUGAGCCCAAGUUUUAA